AUGGUGGCAAUAAAAAAGGCAUCCAUUCUCGUCUUCUGGAUUUGUGCGUGCAUCUAUGUUUGUGUGCUGCCCAGUGCUGCAGAAAUGGUUUCCAGAACUGCCCAGAGAUGUAAGCUCUCACCUACAUUUAUACACACACUAAAAUCCAAAUCCCCGACUCAAUUUGAAACCGAAACCCCUCGUAAAAAUUUCAAAAGAGACUGUAAAAUCGACACCAAUGAUGCAUUAACCCGCUUUUAUAAUAAUAUGCUCAAAAUGAAACCCAUGCCACCCAUAUGGUCAUUUAACAAACUGCUAGGCUCUGUUGCCAAAACCAAGAAUUAUCAAGAUGUCAUUAUUAUGUACCGGAGGAUUGUUGAAGUUGACGUAUUGCCUGAUACUUGUACGUUGAACAUCUUGCUCAACUGUUACUGUAGCUUGAAAUCGGUCGCUCUUGGCUUUGCUGUUAUGGGUGGGAUUAUAAAGAGGGGAUAUAGUCCUGAUAUGUUUACCUAUAAUACACUGAUUAAAGGGCUGUGUAUGGAAGAUAAGAUUGAUGAUACAGUUACCUUCUUCAAUAAAAUUGUUCAAAUGGGGUUUCUACCAGAUGUUACAACUUGGGCUAUUUUGACUAAUGGGUUAUGUAAGAGUGGAAAUACAGAGAUUGCACUUCAGUUAGUAAAAGAAGUAGGGGGCAGUAAUGGAAGGUUUGGUUUAACAUUUACCCCUAAUUUAAUUAUUUAUAGCACACUCAUUCAUGGCCUUUGCAAAGAGGGAUUGUUGGAGAAAGGUAAACUAUUAUUUCUGGAGAUGAAGGGUAGGGGAAUUAUGCCAGACUUGUUUACAUAUAGUGCUUUAAUUCAUGGUUUGUGCGAGGCUGGUGGGUGGGAUGAGGCAAAGCAGUUCUUCAUUGAAAUGAUAGAUCAGGGCAUUCGGCCUAAUGUAAUAUUGUUUAAUAUCUUAAUAGAUGCACUUUAUAAGGAGGGGAAGACUAAGGAAGCUAAUGGCCUAUUAAACUUGAUGAUUCAGAGGGGUGAAGAGCCAAGUUCUGCUACAUAUAAUAUAUUGAUGAAUGGGCUUUGCUUAGAUAAUAGGAUUGAUGAUGCAAGGGAGUUAUUUGUUUUGAUGGAGGCUAAAGGCCAUAAGCGAGAUGUUGUAAGCUACAACGUGUUAAUUGGCGGGUAUUGUAGGUGUCAAAAAUUGGAAGAGGCUAUGAGGCUUUUCAAAGAAAUGGUACAUAAAGAUUACAAACCAAAUGUUAUUACAUUUAACACUUUGUUAAUUGGUCUAUUUAAAGCAGGUAGAGUUGAGGAAGCACGAGAACAUUUUGCAAAGACGAAAUUUCAUGAAGUCAUUCCGAAUUCUGCUAGUUAUGAUGUAUUAUUGAAUGGAUUUGUCAUAAAUAAUUGCCUCAUGGAUGCAAUGGAGAUCAUUCACACUCUGGAAAGAUCUGGUGUUAACCUUGGCAUUGAAACAUAUAAUUGUGUUCUUGAUGGAUUAUGUAAAGCAGGAGAGCUCGAUUUAGCUUGUGAGCUAUUUGGGAAGUUGUCUUAUAAGGACGUUAUUACAUAUAACAUCAUGAUUCAUUGCUUUUCUAAACAUGGAAAUAUGGAGCAGAUGUAUGAAGCUCACAUAGGCAAAAGAUAUGAAAUGGCGCAAAAGCUUAUUGUAACAUUGUAUUAUGAAGCAUGGAAUAUGGUUAGCCAUCAAAAGCAAUAUGUGGAAACCCCACUAAUGACAUUAGAAGAGUCGGCCCAAAUAUAUGAAAAGACGAAGCAACAAGAUUACGGAAGCUACAGAAGUCGAAGUCCUUGUUCUAGCCAAAGUACCACUCAGUCAUAUAUAUGCCGAAGCCUUGACGAAGGGUUUAUGCCGGAGUCCUCAUAUUCGCGACCUACCGAGCCUCAGAAAGACAAGGCGGAAGUUCUAAGAGAUGAGGAGGCUAUCAUAUCUGUCAACUUGAGGAAAAUAUUUGUGAAAAACUGA